AUGGAAGAUCAGUUUGUUGAUCAGACACAAUCGUCUUGGGCCUUCACAUUCGAUUUCACCACCUGGGCGGAAAAACACCAUGUCGUAGAGGUGUGUCUGCAGAACUUCUGCUCAUUCCUUGAUCGAGAACAUACACGCAUGGAGUUUUUUGGGACGAACGGAAAUCCAGACGGUAGCCUCCAUGGAAACUCUCUGAACACAACCUUGGCUAGUGAUUUUAUUCUUACACCGCCAUGGUCCGGUGGUGUGUCCGGGAAGUCACCUCCAGUUGACACAGUCUGUCCUGGAGGUGUUAAGUCAGAGCAGCGAGGUUACGCCUAUUAUCAAUUACCAUCAGCACGUGCUUUGAUGAAUCACACUCCACCACUGACUGCUAUGGAUGAUGAAACAAUAACAGAGCUCGCGAACUUAUCGGCUGGUCGACUGGAGCGUCUUGCUCAAGCACUGAAAGUUAUCAAUCCGCUUCACAUUGUUUUUCGGGAUCACUCACUCUAUUCUUGCCGUCCUACUCUACUACUUAUAUGGUUUCUCAAAUUGGCUUUCGUGAAGAACUCCGACCAUCGGGUUGGUGGUCCUCCUGUUCUGCGUUUGACAUUCUUGGGAUUCCAGUCAAUAACGUUGUUCGUAGGUUGUCAAGCGUCCGAUUCACGGUUUCCUAGACAAUUAAAACCGUCAAUGCGUCGCGUGACCUUCGAUGGAAUCCAGGCUCAUCAUCUGAUCCCUCUGCACAAGGUUCUCGAUAUCAGUGGGAUUGAUGAAUUGAAUGUGAAGCAACCUCAAUUUUCUCCUGCUAUUUGUGUAUCUCAUCGCCUGCUGUUGAAUUGGUUGGCGUUACCAGUACAGCACCGGCGUAAAUUACGGAUGCGACUUUUGGGUUGUCGUACGAUGACUGCACGAGGACUUGCCGUCUUUGUUCAAGCAUGGAAGACAACAGUAGAACCUUGUUUAUUCGAUCAAAUAUCAAUCGAUCUUCGUUCGGUGCCAGUGUAUGACUUUCUCGCUGAAAUGGAAACACCUACAAAAGAUCUUGAUGAGCCUGAGGACUGGAGACCACCCACUCCACCGGCCGCUGCUUAUGGUCACGGCCCAAUGGCAGCGGUGAGCAGGUGGAACGACUGUAAGCUGAGCGUAAAACACCGGAAGGGUAAUGCCACAAUAAAUAUGAUGGUGACUGAGGGUUUUCUUGUGCUGAAGUGCAGUCCUAAUCCGGCUCGAUCGAAUCAUUCGACAACGGGGAUCAGUCGGAGAAAUGGUCUACAGCGGCCUUCAUCAGUACAAUGUUUUGAUGCGAAAACGAAAAGCGGUCAGUAG